AUGGCGCAGCAAGGAGUUCAACUGGACCGAAAGACCUUCUGCUGUUUAUUCUGUCAGGAUCUACUGAAGGAUCCGGUGACUAUUCCCUGUGGACACAGCUAUUGCAUGAACUGUCUUAAACGCUCUUGCUUUGAAAAGAAUGGGAAGAAAAUCAUCAUCUGCCCUGAGUGUUGGCACACCUUCACACUGAGGCCUGUCCUGAUGAAAAACACCAUGUUAGCAGAUUUAGUGGAGGAGCUGAAGAAGACUGGACUCCAAGCUGCUCCUGCUGAUCACUGCUAUGCUGGACCUGAAGAUGUGGCCUGUGAUGUCUGCACUGGGAGGAAACUGAAAGCCUUCAAGUCCUGUCUGGUGUGUCUGACCUCUUACUGUGAGAAACACCUCCAGCCUCAUUAUGAAUUAUUUGAAAAUCACAAGCUGGUGGAGCCCUCCAAGAAGCUCCAGGAGAACAUCUGCUCUCGUCACGACGAAGUGAUGAAGAUGUUCUGUCGUACUGAUCAGCAGUGUAUCUGUUAUCUCUGCUCUGUGGAGGAACAUAAAGGCCACGACACCGUCUCAGCUGCAACAGAAAGGACCGAGAGGCAGAGAGAGCUGGAGGUGAGUCGACUCAACAUCCAGCAGAGGAUCCAGGACAGAGAGAAAGAUGUGAAGCUGCUCCAAAAGGAGGUGGAGGCUGUCAAUCACUCUGCUGAUAAAGCAGUGAAGUACAGUGAUAAGAUCUUCACCAAGCUGAUGCUUCUCAUGGAGAAAAGAAGCUGUGAUGUGAAGCAGCAGGUCAGAUCCCAGCAGAAAAGUGAAGUGAGUCGAGUCAAAGAGCUUCAGGAGAAGCUGGAGCAGGAGAUCACUGAGCUGAAGAGGAGAGACGCUGAGCUGAAGCUGCUGUCACACACAGAGGAUCACAAUCAGUUUCUACACAACUACCCCUCACUGUCACCACUCAGAGAAUCUACAUACAGCAUCGAUAUCCGUCCUCUGCGCUACUUUGAGGACGUGAGGGCAGCUGUGUCAGAAGUCAUGGAUAAACUACGGGUCGUUCUGAGUGACAAAUGGACAAACAUCUCGCAGACAGUGACUGAAGUGGAUGUUUUACUGUCAAAUUCACAAGCAGAGCCCAAGACCAGAGCUGGAUUCUUAAAAUAUUCACGAGAAAUCACACUGGAUCCAAACACAGCACACGAAGUGGUGUUAUUAUCUGAGGGGAACAGAAAAGCAACAUCAACCGAGCAAAAUCAGAAAUAUUCCAAUCACCCGGACAGAUUCACUGAAUGUUGGCAGGUCCUGAGUAGAGAGAGUCUGACUGGACGUUGUUACUGGGAGGUGGAGUGGCAAGGAAAUGGAGUUCUUAUAGCAGUCGCAUACAAGAACAACCGCAGAGAAGGGGGCUGGAAUGAAUGUGGAUUUGGACACAAUGACAAAUCUUGGACAUUUAGAUUUGACAGAGACCGUUAUGCAUUUUGGUACAACAAUGUUAAAACUCCUGUCUCAGGUCCUCAGUCCUCCAGAGUAGGAGUGUACUUGGAUCACAGUGCAGGUAUUCUGUCCUUCUACAGCGUCUCCACCAACAAUCAAACCAUGACCCUCCUCCACAGAGUCCAGACCACAUUCACUGAGCCUCUCUAUGCUGGAAUUUGGCUUUAUUACAAUUAUGGAGUCACUGCUGAGUUCUGUAAACUGAAAUAGAGAGAAGUAAUUUAAGGGUUGAAUUCUGUGUUUUAACUCUUAAAUGUUUGUUGCUGAGAGCUGAUUGUUGUGUCAUUUCUUCACUGCUCAGAGAUCAGCUGUCAAUCAAAUAUUAUGGUGAUUCUUUGACAUCUUCUCUUGAGGUGUUCUGUAAAUGUGUGAAUGUCUUCAGGUGGCGCUCCUUCCUGUGUCUGUUUCACUGCUCAUGAUUAUGAUGUUUGUUUACUUGAACUGACUUUGCAUUUUUAGGUUGUUCCACUGCAUGAGUCUUAAGAGAAAAGGCACCAGACCUUCCUUUACCGUAUGUUCUCCCCACUUUUUUUACACUGUAAUUAUCCUGAUCAUAAUCAAUAAGGAGAUCCUUCAUUGUUCUCUUUUCUGGUCAAACCAACUGAUUGUGUUGAUGAAGUGAAUCUGUACAUGAUUACUGAUGGGAUGUGUGAACAAACUGAAGGUUUACAUGAUGAAUAAACAAACAUAA